AUGUAUGAUUAUUCAUUUAGCGGUGAACAUCGAUUUGAUCAUGGUUGUCAAUUUGAAAAAUUGGAUGUUGGACAAUCGACAACAUCCAUUUGUGAUAGUAGUAGAUCAUUGAAGCCUUAUUUAUGUUCGAAAGAUGGCUGUUUCACUUCCGAAAUUAUCCGAAUCGACUGUCAACGUUGUGGAUUCAAUUUCUGUUUGAAGCAUCGUUAUCCAGAAGAACAUCAGUGCCGUUCGCAAGGUGUUACGAAUGGGCAAAUUAACAGUAAUCUUCAGAAAGAAUUGAAAAAAAAAAUGUCGAUGAUUGUUGCUGCUGAUAGCAGAAACAUUGCUGAAACAAGUGUUCAUUCACCGCUGCAGAAGAAGAAAUCGAUGGAUGAAACGGCGCAGAGAAGAGCCGAUCGAAUAGCAAUAAUGCGUCUUAAAUUAAAUAUUCGAAAUUGUAGUAUUCCACCUGACGAGCAAAUGUUUUUAUUUGUCACAGAAAAUCAAAAACGUGAACCAGUUAUGGUUUCCAAAUCCUGGACGGUAGGACGCUGCCUUGAUCAAAUUGCCAGACAGUAUUCAAUCCCGAAUGGCAAUGCAACUUUUGCAACUAAAGUACUACGAUUGUACUGUGAAGCGGAUCAGGCGAACCCUUUGCCGAUGAGUGAUAAUGUCGAGAAGUAUUUGAAAGAUCUCUCUAACGUUUUCCUCAAAAGAGAUGAAUGA